GUCAGAAAUGUCCAAACCAGCCGAAGAAUUCGUGGAGUACCAGUCCAGUCCGGACAAGCUGGACGCACUCGGCCAGGAUGCUUUGUACCAGGCGUAUGCGUCCAAGAGCGCCGAGUGGCAUAAGCGCAUGACAAGACAGUUGCUGCGCAAGGUGGAUUUGCAUCUCCUGCCGUUUUUGAUCUUGAUGUAUCUGCUUAAUUUUCUGGAUCGGAAUAAUUUGUCGCAGGCUCGUCUCGGUACGCUGGAAGAAGACUUGGGUAUGAAGGGCACCGACUAUAACCUCGCCACGAGCAUCUUGUUCGUCGGAUACCUUUUGAUGCAGUUGCCUUCGAACCUGCUGCUGACUCGCGUGCGACCGUCGUUGUUCCUGGGUAUUGCGAUGGGGAUCUGGGGUGCUAUAUCGGCUUGUCAGGCGGCGACACAAUCUUUUGCCGGGCUGGUAGUCUCGCGGUUCUUUCUCGGCUUCGUCGAGGCUCCUUUCUUUCCUGGGGCUGUUAUGUUGAUGUCGAGUUGGUAUACUAGGCAAGAGUUGAGUCAUCGUAUCGCCUGGUUCUACGCCGGCAGCUCGCUCGCCAACGCCUUCGGUGGUUUGAUCGGAGCAGGUGUGCUCGGCAACUUGCACGAUGCGCAUGGCAUCGCCGGAUGGCGCUGGCUCUUCAUCAUCGAAGGAUGCAUCACGGUCGGGAUUUCGAUUUUUGCAGCGUUCAUGCUACCCAACUACCCGGCCACCACCUCGUGGCUCAAUGCCAGCGAACAGUCCUACGCUCAGUGGCGUCUGAUUGCCGACGCCGGCGAGGCCGAUGACACGAACACCGGGUCGUUCAAGGAAGCUGUGUAUCUGGUCUUCGCGGAUAAGCGUAUUUACCUAUUCAUCCUGCUGCAACACACCUCGCUACUGUCGCAGAACUUCCAGUAUUUCUUCCCGACGAUCGUGCAGACACUCGGGUACAACAAUAUCAUCACGUUGCUCAUCACAGCCCCCGUAUGGAUCGCUACAUUCCUGAUCUCACUCGUCGUCACCUGGACUUCGGGUCGCUAUAACGAUCGUGGAAUCCACAUCAUCGUACUGAUGAUGGUCAGCGUGAUCGGGUGUAUCAUUUGCACGGCGACUACGAACAUCGGUGCUAAGUUCUUUGGCAUGUUUUUAAUGCCAAUGGGCGCCGUCUCAGCCUACCAGAUCAUCAUCGCCUGGGUCGCCAACUCCUUCCCCCGUCCCUUGGUCAAGCGUUCUGCUGCCAUCGCCAUCGCCAAUAUGAUCGGUAAUACGGCGUCCAUCUAUGGAAGUUACAUGUGGCCCUCCUCGUCUGGACCACGGUACAUUCCUGGUGGAAGUGCUACGGCCGGUGUAGCUUUGGUAGUGGCUGUGUUAGCGUUCGUUAUUCGGAUGGUGCAUGCGCGUAUGAAUCUCAAGUUGGAUGACGAGGAGGGUCCUGAGGUUGAGGGCGGCGAUGGAGAGAGACCGGUGAGGUUUAGGUUUAUUCUUUGAUAUAGAUGAACGUCUCGGGGUAGCAAGUCAUG